GGGGGUAAAGUAAUCUCAUAACAAAGCAAAAUAACCUUAAUACCUGUCAGUUCUGACCUUGACAUUCUCCCACCAACAUGCUCUCUACACCCCCCACCCCCGCAAACCACCCGGCAAAAGAUCUGCUCCCGCUGAACGUGUCAGGCAUCACCAUCACCACACCCGUCUCGGGUCAGAGCUACGGCGUGUUCGCCGCCAUCAACGCGGUCUCCCAGCAAAACUUUUCCCUCAUCCUCAACAACGACCAGGCCACGGUCCCCGGCCAGGACCUCCUGAGGUGCAGGAACGUCAGCAAACCGGGCCUCCUGGCCUGUCUGGGUGAAGUCCCGAGUUCCCACUACUCUUGAAGUGGCUGAGCUUGUGAGGAUGAACGAUAAGUUCGUGGAUCUCAAAAUUGGCGACCACCUUUACAGAGACAAUUGGUUUCAGGGAAUGAAGUUAUUGGAAAAAUUAUAGCUCAAGAGGAAACGAUAGAUUCAUAGAUGU